AGUACCACCAAUACCUGCUGCGACACUGCACCAAAAGCAGCCGCCCACGCCACACGCCAGCCCGGCUCAGCGAUAGCCGAAUACACCCAGCCAGCCAGCCAGCACCAACCAAAACUUUGCCUGCUCGCUCGCAUCCUCCUCCUCCUCCAUCCAUCGCUAGCCUUCUCAUCUCCUUCAAUCCCCGUUUUCCUCCAAAACGGCUCCCCUCACUCACCGUCAGGGUCUCCAGCAUCGCCUCUGCCUCCAACUUGGCUGCUGUUGCUGCUGCUCCCGCCAUCACCCGUCGCCCUCUCGCUGCAUACUCGCCCCGCGGAGCCAAUCCCGACUCUCGCUUGGUAAUUCCCACUCAGCCUGCAUCGCUCAGAUCCUCAGCCCCGACAGCUGUAUUUCCGCUCGCUCCUCGAUUCUCGCCCGACACCUCCGCCCGUCUUAACCCCAGAAGCCAUCACAGCUUUGUUUUUUCCGUGUAUUGGUUGCACUGCAUCGGUCCUCUCGCCCUCCAGCUUCGGCCGCCGAAGAUUGCAUCUGCUGUUGCCGAUUCGCCUCCCCGUCACAACAGCGCUGCCCAACUCUUCCCAUCGAACAUCGACCGAACCAACGUUCUGCUCUGCCCAUGCUGAGAUAGCUCGACAUCACUCGUGGCCAAACCACCCUCCCUUAUAUAGAGCCAAGCACCGUUGCCAUGUCUGCCGAACAGACUGCCGCUUCGCCUGCUGCCACCACGGCUCAGUCCCCUCCCUCAGCUCCAUCGCCAUCAGCAGCUUCAAAACGCCGGCGAACCGCCGCUGCUGGCAUAGAAUGUUGUCGAACUUGCCGCCUACGCAAGGUGAAAUGCAGCGGUAAUCCGGGCAAUGCAUCGUGCUCCAACUGCGCUCGCCUGGAGCUAGUGUGCAGCUUCAACACCAUGGACAAAUCCAACGAUCACUCUGAUAAAGUCCUACGGACAACGCCCAGUGCCAGUCAUACCGAAGCGGGAACCCUACGAAAACGAGCCCAACGAGCUUGCAGCCAAUGUCACGCCCACAAGACCAAGUGCUCUGGCGAUCUGCCACGUUGCAAGCGAUGUGAGACGGCCGACCUCCCCUGCGAGUACACAGCAACAAAACGUAAAUUCACAAACGUUCGCUUCCAAAAUGCCGCCCCCUCCGACGACUCUACAUCCCCCAACGCCGCAGCGAUUCCCAGGAAAGAAAAGUCACAAAGCCCAAUACAACAACCGCGGACAGCCUACGAUGCGCUGCUCGUCGACCCAGACACGCUUAGUGAAGAGGAACAUAUUGCUCGUCGAGACUUUCUACUCAGACAUAUGGAUAUCUUCAUGGAGUUCUUUUAUUAUGUGCCUUGCCUAGGCUUCUUAAAUCCGGAUGAGUGGUACCAAGACAUCAAUGAUAUGACGAUAUCUGGACCCCGCGCUGCCGCCCUAGCGUCCAUAACUUGCUUCUUUUAUCACCCUGGAGAGGAAGGACGCAACUUUGGUCUCAAGUGUGCUGGCAUUGUCGACUUACGAAUCUUGGAGACUCUCAACAAAUUCUCUGAAGAAGGCUUUAUGCUUCUCGCUCUCAACAGCUUGUUCUACCUCCUGCAUGGCAGUUUUGCAAAGGUUUGGAACUGCUUUGGUAUGCUCUCAAGGCUCAUGAUCGGCAUGCAGGUGAACUGGGAAGCCAACGCUUCUGGCAACGAGACCUUCCGGGAUCGCGAAAGGAUUAACCGUAUUGCAUGGCAAGUCUUCAGCAUGGAUCGUCUGCUCGCUGGAGGCUAUGAUGAAUACAUUACCUGCCGUGCAGAUCUGAUGACUAUUCGCUUGCCAUGUCUCGAAGAUGCCUUUCGGGAAAACAGGCCCGUCUUGACACCACGUCUCUCUGAGAUGUCCCUCGAUCAGUCUAGCCUUGGCCUUCACGGCUGGCAAAUGCGAACCGUGGAUCUCCGCCACCGUAUCCAAGUGUCAAUAAAGCGACUAGCUCAUCCUGAGGCAAACGUAUUUGAGCCCUCAAAAGUCAUGAAGGAAAUUCAUCACCUACAGAAGGAGCUAUCACGGCUUCACCUAGGCUUCCCUAUCACGCUACAGCUGAACGAUGCCAGCAUGGACCACUACAUGUCAUCCCCAGACCGUCUCGGAUACGUCUGGCUCCAUAACCAUGUUGGCGUCUCUCACAUUGACCUAUACCGGUUUGCCCUCCCAGGAAUUGAAGACUUUUCGCCAGAGCACCUCGCUAAAUUGCCAGCGGAGUUUGUUGCAAUGUCACGCAAACAAGCUGUCGCACAUGGCCUCUCCGUAGCCCGCUUCAUCAGAGGCGUUUAUGAGGCAAACAAGCGAGAACCUUCAACCAUCAGUGUGAAGCUCAUUGGGGAUUAUUCCAUAUGCCACAUGAGCACCCAAGCCCUGCGAGUUAUCCUCAUUGCCCUGCAGCAUGAUCUCUAUAUAAACAUUCAGGAAUGCACGACGGCUCCUCCCUGGUCAAACGCCAUAGCUACAGCAGAGGAGAUUCACGAGCUGAUUUAUGCCAUCCUGGCCGCAACAGAGUCAUGGAGCAAGAUCUUCCGCGUAACGAAGCAAGCUUACGAUCUCAACAAAAGUAUGGUGGAAGAGUUCUUCAAGACGAACAAGUUCGUAGAACUACCUGUCAAGUCAGAGCGCGAGAACGGCAGCCACGACCUUGGCAUGGGAAACAUUAUUGAGAGCAUGAGGAGGUCUAUCAACGAGGAAGCGUCGCGGUUCAAGCACGAACGUUCCCCUUCUGAAAGGCUCUCUGGCCCUCCACGGUCGUCAAGCAGCAGCGACCGCCACUCGCCGGUUGGUGGAGGUAUGGAUGCCGUCUACGGCCCUCCAGGUAUCCCGACAUUUUUGCAAAAUGCCCACGAUCCCAACUCCAUCCAGCCCUGGCCAAAUUCACCCAAUGGCGGAGGCAGCUAUCAUCAUACCACAUCGUCGUCUGGCGGCGAUACGCCCAUGACAGAUACAUUUUCAAACCACCAGAUGCCCCAAACCCAGAGGAUGGACUACACAAUGCACUGAGCGUGUAGGAGGCAACUGUUUCCAAUUUUGGACAAGGCUGCCGUCGCAUGAUCCCCCGUUUCUGUUUUGUUUCCCUUUUGCAAAACAAACAGGUCCGUCGCCGUAGCGUGUCCGUUUCAACUUCAUCUUAUACAUCCAAGCGUCCCGCCAAAGCGCAUACGCCGUGCCACAGCCGCACAGACAGCUCACCAUCACUUCUUCCUAAAAUACACGACGUUUAUUUUUCAUACCACAUGCGGUUUUUGGGUUCUAUGGCGUCUUUAUUUUCGUUUCUGGUUUUUAUCUUUUUUGCAUUAGAUGCAAUUCAAGGCACAUGCACGCAUAUAACGAUUACAUAUGAUAAUAUACCCCCAACAUCUGAAAAAUACAAAGAAUAGAUCUUUAUAUCCCUUUAUUACAUUGUGCAUGCAUAGCAACUAGAAGAAACUCAAUUAUGCUCGUACCAUUCAACAUAAAUGCUGCAACAUCUCUUUGUACAUGGAUGAAGAAGCUACGAAUGGCUGGAGAGUGUCCGUCCCCCACAGAUAGCCGUCCACUGGAAUGCAACAUCCUCUCAUGCCCGCGCGCGCCUACACCACGCCACCGCAAGGCAAAAAAGACUGAGACAAUAGCUGCCCUGGCGUGGGCGAGGGCGCGUUUCGAAACAAUAGAAAUCCUGCUUGUCAAGGAACAGGUGAAUCAAGCGGAUCAACAAAAAUAUACUGAACAAGGGAUAAUGACAAUAAUAAACAAAAAGACAGACGCUGUAGAACGAAGGCAUAAGAGAGAGAAUGAACAGAUUUGUAGUAUGAUAAAGGUGCUCGAAACCAGUUUGGUGCUUGUACAAUUAUGCACUAUUGAAAUAUACAGCUAUAUACCCCGGUAUGAUGUGCCUCGUGAGCUUGGUGCCACCGUAGACGCUAGACACCUAUCCCUGCCAUGUGUUGUGUGUACAUGAUUAGCCAAAAACGGCCGCUUUUGACCAAGCAAGGAAAGAGGUUUUCGCCAAAUAGAAAUAGGAUGCUUUCUCAUCGGUGCCGUGUGAACAAGGCGCACAAGAAGAAAGACGGUGGUUUGUUUAAAAAAAAAAAAAAGAGGAACAAGAGGCGCGUCGGAUGAUGAAUUGAUGGGCCUGCCCAGGUCGCGUGCGAGGCUUACUUUGCGCGUUGUGAAGAAAGUGUGAAGAGGAGCAGCUAAAACCAGGAUCUGGAAAGGGCGGCAUGCAAAGUAACAAGGAAGAAGAAAAAAUGACGGAAAACAAAGAUUGGCUCGCUGUGCUGGGUUGUGUCUGCUGAUUGUAAAUGGCUUCGAUGUUGCUAUGUCGGGUGUUGAAAUGGGUGCAAUCUGGCGACAAGAAAAGUCUGCAUCAUAGAUUACCGCCUAUAUGAAAAGCAUCGUGGCUGGCGGGUUGGUGAUAUGUUUUGGCGUCAUUAGUUGUAAACGGUUCGUUCCUUCUCCCUAAGUCCACCGAUGGAGUCCAUGUCAAUGGUCUUGAACUGCGUCUUGGACUCCUUCUCGUACGCGGGGAGCUGUUCGUCCAUGGGCUCGAGGCCAAUGGUGGCGUUGUCACCGACACGGACAAUCAGAACGCGUCCGCUUUGUUGGCGGCCGCUCUCGUCCUGUUCGUCAGGGAAGGUAAUGUGAAUCUCGGGGACGUUUUCAGGCGACUGUGGCGGCGCUCCGGGGUUCUGGAGCAUGGGCUGGCCAUCACGGCCAAUGUAUACGACGCUGGCGCGGUUGUCGUGCUUCUCAUCAAUGGAGAGGCUGCUUCCCUUGCUGUAGGCGGGGAGAGUCUCGGCGCGGCGGCGGCGCUGCUGGUUCUGGCGUCUGCGGCGGAAGAGGAAGGCGGCUGAGGCAAUGAUGAGGGUGAAGAAGGUGAAGCCAAGGACAAGAAGGACAACGUUGAUGGCGUUCUCGGAGAUGUCGGAGCGAGCAAAGACGUGACGGUCCGGACGGAUAAUAGGCUGGAGAGCAAUCGCCAUCUUGGGGGCACGCUGGGCCAGGAUGUUGUGGGUUGUAGGAGCCAUUGUCUAAUUGUUCAGGAAGAGUACAAGGCCGAGCAAAUCAAUAAAAUAAAACGGGACAAUUGUCUGCAGGAAAAGGAAGAGAAGGUUAGCAGGAGAAGCCGCGAAUGUCAUUUAAGAGUAUUGUCAUUCUGGCGUGGUGGGAUAUAUUGGCUGCUGCAUUCCUCAUUCCAGUGGGUGGUCGAGCGCGGUUCGUGGUAAAAGAGGCUGCGCUUGUCCGCCACCACGAUUUUGCGCAUACCAGACGAAGGAGCAGGCGAUUCACCCAAAAGGGACCAAACAAAGUGGAUAAAAAAAGAAAGGUGACGGAAUCGGUCGAGACGAGACUCACAAGUAGAGUUAUGUGAAACGAGAAAAAUGUCGGUGGUUAGGAGUCGACGGUUAGAGAGCGUGUUUCGAAAGCCUGGGCGCGGACGGCCGUGUUGUGGUGCACUGUUGCAAAGGACUGGACGGGGGAGUCGCUGAAAGAAUGAAGCGACUGGACCCCAAAAAAGGAAAAGGUGAAGAAAGAGAGCGUGGGUUGAAGAGAAGGACUAAUUCAAAUGCACAUUGAACGCUGGAACCGAAUGGCCUGUCGACGAGGCCAAGUUGAUUGAAGAAGAGAAGAAAAGGGAAAAAGAAGCACGGCGGGCGAGGAGAGAUGAGGUCUGGGGGGGUGGUGGCCGCCAGCAGUGAGCGGUGGGCAGUACAGGCGGCAAAGCCACUGCACAAACAGCGCCUCCAGGCGGCCGCCAUGAAGAGAAAGAUGAUGGCCUGCAUGGAAGGCAAGCUGGGAAAUGAGCAUUUUGACCAGGGCAUUGUUGUGAUUGGCUGUGCGUGCUGCGAUAUCCAGGGGCACCAGCCAAUCAGCGCCGACCGAGGCAGGC